AUGUCAGCGUACGCCGAUCAGCUUCGCGAACAGGAACUUUUCUCAGCGCUGAAAUCCCAAAUCACUAGUCUUUCCACCCCACUCUACAGUACACGUUCCGAAGAUGCAUCAAAGGUCUACGAUGUGGUUUCUUACAGCAGGCCUUACGACAAUGACAAUGUCGAAGAGCAACCAUCACAGCUAAGUUUCGGUGUAGCAAUAAUCCUCUACACAGGGCCUCCAGCAUCACCCUUCACAUCUUGGACACUAAUCAGCCAUAUGGAGAACCAAACUGAUAUAAUCACUGGGGCAAAUCGUUUGUUGGCAGAUUUGAGGAGGGGGAUGGGUGGAGUUAUUGAGGACAUGGGGAGAAAAACACUGCCAUACUGGUUAGCUGAUGACAUGGUGAAAAUAGGUGUUUGUAUGCAGACGGGUAAUUGGACGACAACACAUGGGAGAAUUCCCAAUGUUGUUCCGGGAGUGGGCGAAGUAGAGCUAAAGGAAUGCGAGAAUGAAGAGGACUACGAGGAAGAUCAGGACAGUAUCGAACAGGACAACGAAGACGGUAAGAGAGACGAUGAGAGCGACGAAUUGGAGGACACCGGCAAGGGCGGCUGGAGCCCGCGAUUGGAGUCUAUCACAGAAGAAAUAUAGAAGCUUCUCGUAUCAGAUCUUCGAUAGGCAGAUGUUCCCCAAGUUAAAGAUCAGUUCACGGGUAUCAAUUCAGUUGGAAGAAAGCAAAAAUUAAGUUGAGAACACCAAAAGAACGCGAGUAUCACAUUGGAAAGCUACCUAAAGAUACGUAAAGAGCAAAUCGUGUACGUUUUCAUCUGCCCGUGCCAAUCGGACUCAUCAGACCAUUGCCACUACCGCUCGUGGUGCUGCGUACCAUCAUCGGCUUGAUACUUUGAACAGGACUUAACGGAUCUCGUUGGCUCGAACUCUGGCUGGAAGUGCCUGAGCUCAGACU